UCGAAUUUGCCGUUAACAAAAGCAUUAGGACGCCGCGCCCAAUUACUAGCUUCAAAAAAUUGGUGGAAAAUCUGUUUUGUUUACGGGCAUGAUCCAACAAAAUUUUACCGUGAAAUUAGCUAUAAUAACAGCGGCGACACGAAGCCGAAAACACAAACAAAUAUUGUAGGACAUAAAAAACAAUCCACAAUAAUAAACACGCCAACCACGACGCCAAUGGAAAGCAGUGAAAAACUACCGUCAAAGUGUAAUACGGAGGCUGCUGAUUCAUCGCGCUCAACGGCAAUGUCACUGGCGGACAGUGCCAGCACCUCACAACGUUCAUUGGGCUCCAUAAAUGAUUGUGCAAAAUUAUUUCCUCGCAACAUGCCAAGCAUACGUCGCAGUCGCAGACGUUUGGAUGUUAAGAAGAGCGCGCAUGAAGCUGCCGCUGAGAGCACAGAGCUGCAGGCGGUUGCAAAACAAAGCGCUAGCAAAUGUCAUGGUACAAACGGAAAUAUUUUGCAACGCGUCGAUAGUAGCUGCCACAAGUCGAGCAUCUCGAAAGUCACGAAAUUGACACCACGUAAAUUGAAGGCGCCUAAUUAUGGCUCAAAGCGUCAACAUUGUCGCCGCACGCCAUUCACAGAGAAUAAGGCAAUUGCGGCGGAUGCUAAGCAGGAAGAGGCGCGCAGCCAUAGCAAAGAACGGCGUGGUAAAUGCAAGGCGCAUUGCCCACACAAAGGUGGCGAACGUACGCUUGGCGGUGACAAAGUGCAGAGCAGGCAAACGCUUACUGUAACUAAUGCACUACCGCAAUAUGCGGUUAAGGCGCACUGCGAGAAUCAUAACAAGCAAACGCACGGCUCUGAACCGCAACAAGAAGAGCCGAAAAGUGAUUUACAAGCCCAACAAACGGUAACACGCCAGCCGCACACGAACACAGAAAAACAACAUCAGACAUACCAUAACCAGCAGCAUUACGCUCAGCCAUUGAAGUUGUCACUGCUACCGCAUGACAUAUCAUUGCUCGAUGUAAGCGCAUACUCGACCGCCAGCGCACACUCGUGCGCCAUCAACCAAGCAGACAAUGACAUCGUCGAUCACUUGCCUGCCGCCUUGCCUUCACCCUCAGUCGCCUCGCAGACACAUUCGCAACAGUCGAGUCUCAUUAGCUAUGAUUUGAGUCGAUCGACGAGUCGCCAAAGUUGCUUCGACUCAUUGCCAAAUGUGGCUAACGUAACAACAAAAAGAAAAGAACAGGCGCUCAGUUAUCAGCCGCGAGUUGCCGCUAGUACGCUCCACCAAAGGCAUCACCACCAUUUGGAUGACACAUUUCUGUCAUCGGGCAUCUCGUGUGGUGAUGGUGAAACACAAUCUGAAGCGAGUUUUUGCGACUCUCCUGCGCGUCAAUUUCAAACGACGAACGCAGCGCGCCAACAACAAAGUACAGCCCAUAGCAGCAGCGAUAAUGUUGCACUACUUGCUGCCGAUGUUGUGCCAAGUGUGGAGGACGUUGAGGAUGCUUUAAUUGAGGCUGAGGUGGCACAGCUUACAGCGAAUUUACGACGUGAUGAAGAGGCGGCACAGAGGCGCAUGCCACGAGGCAUGGAGGUAAACGCAGAUGUCCAGACGAAAAAUGAUAUGUGCACAGCCGCGAGAAAAAUAACCGAAAUAGCAAAGAAAGUUGGCAGCAAUGCGAAAAUAAUGUCAACAACUGUCGCACCGAUACCAGAAGCACUAAAUGUUGCCGAUCUACGCAAUUUGAAAGUUUGUCGCAAUCGUAAUGCGGUUUGGAUGCUUUCGCGCACCGAGGAGGACAGUAACAACAACAGCUGUCUAGCACCCAUACCAGAUGAUGCACAGCUAAGUGAUAUUGAAGAGCAGCUAGCACGAUUGCCAUCAACAACCAGCGAUGAGGUGGAUAAGAGUCUUUCGAUGAAUGAUGGCGCAUCAGCAGUUAAAGACUCAAAACAAUUUUCUACAAGUGGCACAGAGAAAAGCGGCAUAGUAGCAACAGACAGAGUUCCAAUUACAGCUAAGAUAGCAACAACAACAACAAGCAUAAACUCCAAACACAAAUUUGAUCCCAGCACACCUGAACCCAGCCAGCCGCCCCAACAGCAUUCAGCGUCUUCUACCCACACCUCAUUGACCCAUCAACAAUUGUUGCUCGAAGUCACCAUGCAACAGCCGACCAACUACUACACACAAACCGAAAGUGAAUUGCUGCAACUGGAGGCGACAGGUGGACACUUACCAGAAUAUGAGCAGUUGCAACCAGAGGCAGUUAACUUGCAACAAACACAAACAAAUAGCGCUUUUACACCCGCACAUCAUCAGCAACAGCAACAGCAACAGCGACAAUCACAGUCACAACAACCAACAGUACUUACACUAACAACACUCAACAAUUUGAAUCGUGCCACGCCCAAUUCUUCCACAGCGGCCACACCAACACCGACUACAGCCAGCAAUUUGGAGGCAUCUUCAAGCAGCACAAGUAAUGGUGGCGGUAGCAGCAACAGCACGACGCCACAACAUUUUGUAGCGCCACUACAGCGCCGCUGUCAAGCACCGCCGCCGACGCUGCCACUCAGUUCGAUUUCAUCACCACUACGUACGGCCAACUACAAGUCGGCUGCUUAUCAUCAACACCAACAUCACCAGCAACAACUGGAAUUCCAACGAAAUUCGCAAUCGGACGAUGAUAGCGGCUGUGCGUUGGAAGAGUAUACGUGGGUGCCGCCGGGCUUGCGACCGGAUCAGGUACGUUUUUACUUCUCACAACUACCCGACGAUAAGGUGCCCUAUGUCAACAGUGCCGGCGAAAAGUAUCGCGUCAAGCAGUUACUACAUCAAUUGCCGCCGCAAGAUAACGAGGUGCGCUAUUGCCACUCACUCAGCGAUGAGGAGCGCAAGGAGCUGCGCAUAUUUUCGGCACAAAGAAAACGUGAAGCUUUGGGACGUGGCGCUGUGCGACUGCUCUCCGACGAACGGCCAUGCAAGGGGUGCGAUGAGCCAUUAUCCGCCGGUGACAUUGUGGUCUUUGCUCAACGUGUCGGCUCGCAGAUUUGCUGGCAUCCUGGUUGUUUCGUUUGUUGUGUUUGCAAGGAAUUACUUGUGGAUUUGAUUUAUUUUCAUCGUGAUGGCAAUCUUUAUUGUGGCAGACAUCAUGCCGAGACGCAGAAGCCGCGUUGCUCCGCUUGUGAUGAGAUAAUCUUUUCGGAUGAAUGCACCGAAGCGGAAGGUCGCACCUGGCACAUGAAACACUUCGCUUGCUUUGAAUGCGAACACCAGCUCGGCGGACAGCGUUACAUCAUGCGUGACGGCAAGCCCUACUGUCUCGGCUGCUUCGAUACCAUGUUCGCUGAGUACUGCGACUACUGUGGCGAGGUGAUUGGCGUCGAUCAGGGACAGAUGAGUCAUGACGGCCAGCAUUGGCAUGCAACGGAUCAAUGCUUUUCGUGUUGCACUUGCCGCUGCUCGUUGUUGGGUAGACCUUUUCUACCUAGACGUGGCACAAUUUACUGUUCGAUCGCAUGCAGUAAAGGUGAGCCACCCACACCGUCUGACACCAGUUCGGGACCACAAUUGCGGCCAACACACCGCGCCAGCACAACGAGUCAAAUUGCGCGUUCGCCGCGACCGGGUGCCCGACAUAAAGGGAAUAAUGGGAAUGGUGCAGGCGGUAGCAAUGCUAAGAGUGCCGGAAGUGCUGGUGAUCUAUUGGAGAGACAAGCACGUCAGCGAAUGGAAGUAGGCAUUGAUCGACUGAUGAUUGUGGGCAAGCUGGCGGCGGAUUGUGAGGCAAUGAUGCCACCACUGCCCGGUAUGCCACGACCAGCGCAUCCACCGCCAAUAGACCUAACAGAGCUCGGCAUAAGUUUGGACAACAUCUGCGCGGGCGAUAAAUCCAUUUUUGGUGAUCCCAGCAAUAUCACAUCCUCGCUACCCGAUAUGCUAUUGUCGAAGGGUGAGGAUUCGCAUAGUUAUCAGAGCAUUGACAAGAUCAACAUAAAUUCGCCGAGUGCGUCGGAGCUGACGCAAAGUACGCAAGAGAUCACCAACGAACUGGAAGUGGAAAACGACAACGAAGACUGUGAACUGCCACACGACAAUUACGAAAAACUCCUGAAGACAAAGCGUACGCGCACGCACAAAUCCGAUGUAGAUAAUGAAUGCGGUCCCGCUGACGUCGACGAUGAUGAUGAUGACGACGAUGAAGACCACAGUGACGCAGCAGAGGAUGAGGAUAAUAUGCGUCCACACCUGAAAGAGGUACGCUUUCACAGCGUACACGACACUAUGUCCCGCUCGAAGAGCUACACGGACAGCACAAAUGCGCGUCGACGACGUAGAAGACGCAAUCAAUCACGCAGUUCGUCAGAAAUGCAAAUCAACCAGGCCAAUCUACGACUGCACAAUGCACAAACGAAUGCUGCAACCCUGCGCGACAACAAACUCGACAACUGCGACGCGGCAAGCGUCUGCUCCACCUGUUCGUCCAGUUCGUCGAGCGAUAUGGAUGACUAUUUGUAUCGCAUACCUGCGCGUAGGCAUUACGGCGGCGUGCGCGUGUCCUAUGUGCCGAACGAUGCGAUUGCAUACGAACGGAAACGCAAACAGGCAGCAAGCGAACAGCAACUAGGUAGCGGAGGUGGUGGUGCAAAUUCCAUGAUUGGCAGCACCUCUAUGUCAAUGACAACAUCAGCUAGUGCUGCAACGAGUGGUGGUGAUACGAAGAAUUGUAUAAUUUCAUGACAGCCUCCAAUUUUACCGCCGCCACCGCUAAGCCUUGGCAGUUACUAUAUACUAGAUACGAUAUUGGAGGAACAACGUUUGGUGGUGGAGGAGAAGCGACCUGGUUGUUUGCGACGCGUUUGGCGUAUGUUUACCACGCGCGGUAAGGGCAAACAGGUAGGCGCAGAGAUGCAAAGCGUGUAAGGGGAGAGAGCGGGUUUCAGAAACGAGCGCGAAGUAAACUAAAAGAGGUUGAGAUAUAUUUGCAAAAAAAGGGGGGAAUUCGAAGAACUAUUUUAGAAGAUCACGAUUUUGUUUAUUAAAAUUCACUCAAAUCAAGUCCGGACAUAAACCAAAUAUGGUUCUGAUCUUUGCUAAUUGUGCGUUCUUCUAUCACUUGCUUAUUGACCAAUGAGCGCUCUUAUUUGUUUUUUUUUUUUCUUAUAUAAUUUGAACUAUGAUAACUAAAGAAAAAAAAUAUAUAAAUAAAA